AUGAAUAAUCAAGCUAGACUCUCACGACAUGCGUCCGGUAUUUUACCCUCAAAACAGUUUUUCGCCCCUCGAAAACCAAUAACACAUCACUCGUCAACUCGACGGAAAUCCACAUAUUCUAUUCACGCAAAUGUUACGCACUCUUCAAACUCACCUACUGAGCCGUUGCCUCCGCUACUUUCCGCAAUGGGGAGCACGGUUCUUUCCUCGUCGAUGUCCCGAAUGUCGUCUGAAGAAAAUGACGAGCAUUUGCCACAACGAUCAGCCCCUACCAAUAAUACACCUUUGACCAGAUUUUCUGUUUCCGCUACCAAUCUACUCAAUCCCAAUAGUAGUUAUAGUAAUUAUAAUCGGGCAAGUCGUUCGUUAGACUUGCAAAGAGGAGAUUCUAUAAAGCAUAUGAGUAUCGAUAAUAUAUCACAGGCGGCUAUAGAUUCUGUAUUGGAACCAGCAAAUUUAGAUGACUAUGUAGAGUCUGGUUCUUCAAGACGAAUACGAGAUUCUGCACUGACUAUAGAUACGAUAAGUAGUAAUAGAGCCAGAGCAAUGUCAAAAAUAAUGGUGGCUAAACAAUUAGUUACAAAUGAUCCUGCUACGUCUCCUUACGCGUCAAUAGCAAAAUUAUUUCCGCGAGUUGUUUUUCAACCUGCUUCCUUGCCUUCAGAAAAGAGCCAAGGGCGUAAACGACUAUAUCAGGUGUGGCCGGGCAGAAAUCGAUUUUUUUUGGGCGGUAGAAUAAUGACUAGUCGAGAUUUUCCUGCAUUUAUGGUCGCGAUGACGGCGCUUAUUGUGCCCUGUCUUUUAUUUUUAACAUUCACGCAAGUAUUUUACACAGAUAUGCUUAGAACUUCGUGGUCAGAUCCAGGUAUAAUUCCACGAAAUCUUGAUCCUUCGCCUCCUGUGGAGGAUCUUGAAGAAGCUGAACAUUUAAACAAUCAUCAACACCAUUAUUUUCCCGCUCGUAGUAUCCCAUUGCCAAAAGACGUAAAAAUGAACGGCACAGCGUUGAUAUUGAAGUACUGUGAAACAUGUAAAAUAUAUAGACCACCAAGAUGUAGUCAUUGUCGUCAAUGUGACAAUUGCGUUGAAGGUGAAGAUCAUCAUUGUAUAUGGUUAAAUAAUUGUAUAGGUCGUCGAAAUUAUCGUAGCUUCUACACGUUUGUAUGUACUGGCACCAUAUUGUGUCUGUACAUUUUAGGAUUUUCAAUAAUGCAUUUGGUGUUAUUAAUGGAAGAACAUAAUAUUAGUUUUAUUGAAAGUAUAUUGGUGGCACCUGUGAGUGUUGUUCUUGGAGUGAUUGCUUUUCUAUUAGUGUGGUCUGUGGGUGGGUUAACGAUUUAUCACACAUAUCUGAUAUGUAAAAAUAUGACCACACAUGAACAGCUUCGAGCACCUUUAGCUAGACGUAAUGGGCUUAAAAAUCCCUACGAUUUUCAUAGUAUAUCUCUUAAUUGUUGCUGGGCUAUAUGUAGACCAUUAACACAUAGUAACGUACACAGACGUGCUUUUGUGGAACAAGAAUAUCUAGAUGAACGAGAAUUAGCCGGUAGUCGAUUAACCACUGUACCACUCAGUCCCACAACCAAAGCUAGUACACCACUCAGUUCUACGACCACGAUCAUGCCUCCUUCUCCACCAUUAAAUUUGAAUUCACGUGAGGAACAAGACGAAAUAGAUGCUAAUGUUGUUUAG